AUGGCGCACGAGGAGGACGCAGAGCGGUCGCUGACGACCAAAUACAUCCUCAUGACGGAGUUGCUAAAAGGCAACCAACUGGAGGGCAAAAAAUUAAAGUUGAAGGCCUGCGCCCCGGGGACGAAGGAGCCCAUCGACCCAAUCGACCACGACGUGAUAGAACAGUUUUGCGACGCUUUAAAAAGGAACACGUCCUUUAAUGGCUACCUCGAUAUAUCUUACAACGACUUGAAUGAAACCUGCCUUUUUCAUAUCCUGUGUACUGUGUAUGAAAGCAAAAAUAUAAUUGGCUUGAAUUUAAGAGGAAAUAAAAUUACUAGUAUGCUUUUUAACAAAAUUUUACUAAUUCUUGAAAGUAACAAUUUUGAAUAUAUCAAUGUGCAAAACACGGAGCUGAAUAAUCAGCAAAUAAAAAAUAUCAUUUUCUGUUCACUAAACAAGAGAGUGAAAUUUAUUAAGCUCCCCUUUUUAAAUCUCGACACGUUUCACUUUCUGGUGGAAUACUUACACGACAACAACUCGCUGGAGAAGUUGCAUUUCUUUAUGUCGUACAGCCACCAAAUGAAUUCCUCCCGCACACAGGAUGAUGAGAACAUAACGAACAAUUUUGAAAAUUACGUCCACAACUUAAAAAAUGCGCUCAAAGAAUUUCUCGAUGUGAUAGAGAACAAAGAAAACGUGAAGGACGUCAAGUGCGAAAUUGACUUCCACGAUCAGGAAGUAGACGAAAUGGUUUGUUUCAUCCAUGCUGCUUGCGAGAGGCACCGGCGGAUGGAGGAGGACGGUCAGGGGCUGCGCGAUAAUAGGAUGCACAUCAGUUCGACGGAGAAGAUGCUCUUGCUCAUGCCGGACAUCGACGGGAGGAAUAAGCAUAUCGAAAAAUUCGAGAAGGAAGUACCGGUUACUUUCGACAAAGACGUAAUAAGUUUUCUCCAAAAGAUGUUGCCUUAG